CAGUGCGUGGGCACCAUGGCCCGCUGGCUCCGCGAGCACCUGGGCUUCCGCAGCGCCAAGCCCGCUCCCCCCGCGCCGCCCAAGCCCGACUACCGCGCCGGGCCGCCGCCGCAGCCGCCCCCGCCGCCCGGGGGCGCCGCCGAGCCGCUGGCCGCCGCCCAGCCCGACAUCGUGGCGGCGUACCGGCUGCAAAAGGAGCGCGACUUCGAGGACCCCUACAGCGGCGUCCCGCCGGCCGCCGCCCCCGACGGGCCCCGCUACGUCUCGCCCAAGCACCGGCUCAUCAAGGUGGAGGCGGUGGAGAAGGUGCCCGCCAGCCCCCCGCCGCCGCCGCUGACACCCGCCGCCCCCAGCUCGCCCCCGGCCGGCCCCGAGCCACCCGACGAGCCGCCGCAGGAGCUGGCUGUCCUGGAGGACUACGCAGAUCCCUUCGAUGCGGCGCAGGUGGCUGGUAGCCAGGCGGGGCUGGAGAAGGUGACGGAGAAUGACGGAUACAUGGAACCGUAUGAAGCCCAGAAGAUGAUGGCUGAGAUCCGCCAGAAGGGCUUACGGGAGGCUCCUGCCCGGCCACUGCACCUCUACGACACUCCCUAUGAGCCUGUGCUUGGAGGGCUGGACACGGACGGUGACCGCCUGGCUUGCCCCAGGCCCAGGGAGUCCCGGCUGCCCGAGGAUGACGAGCGGCCGCCAGAGGAGUACGACCAGCCCUGGGAGUGGAAGAAGGAGCGGAUCUCCAAAGCCUUUGCAGGAGCAGCCAGGGCUUCAUGCACAUGAAACUCUCCCGGACCCAAGAGAACAAGUACGUGCUGGGUCAGCACA